UUUGAGGUUGGUGUUGAGGAGAAUAACUACCAUGACUUCCGGUGCUUUGAUGAAACCUCAGAUGCGAGGCCUUCUGGCCAAGCACCUGCGAUUUCAUAUUGUUGGAGCGUUCGCUGUGUCCCUCGGGGUUGCAGCUUUCUAUAAGUUUGCUGUGGCCAAACCAAGAAAGAAGGCAUAUGCAGAUUUCUACAGAAAUUAUGAUUCCCUGAAAGAUUUUGAAGAGAUGAGGAAGGCUGGUAUCUUUCAGAAUGCAAAGUGAUUUUGGAGUGUAAAGAAUUUUUUUGGGUUGAGUUCCAUGGAAGUUUGUCACUGACCUGUGUUCCUGAGCUAUGAAACAUGAAUGU